AAUGAAAGACUUUCAUUUUUCCCAUGAAUUCAAAAGAGCUUGCAAAGAUGAUGCAAGGACACACUGUAAGGAGGCAAAGAGCAAACAUGACCUUGUUGUCUGUUUGAGUAAAAAGAUCCGAGAUGCUGUUAUUGGCGAAGAAGAACAUGUCAUCUCUGAUACUUGUCGCAAACACUUGAAGAUAGAGAAGGAGAUUGAGUCGGAAAAUGUCGAAUUUGAUCCUGUGAUGAUGGUGAAGUGCAUGGCAGAUAUUGCAAAAUUGUGUUCUAAAGUUACAUUUGGUCAAGCAAAGGUAAGCCUUAAAAUACAGUGGUAAUCUGUUUUGCUGAAACUCCUCUGUCUUAAGCACAA